UAAGAAUAUAUAAGAAUUGCAGAAAUUUGAAUAAGUCAAGAUCUUGAACAUUUUGUAAUUUCUUCACUUCGUGUGUACUAAGAUCUUAGAAAUUCUUGAAUCAUUGUUUUGUUUUACACUCUUGUGUGCGAAUAUUUUCACACUUAGAAUAACUUCGACUUUUUUGUGACCAUAAAAACAUUUUCCAGUUUUUAUAAAGCUGUUAAUUAUUUUAAAGUAAAUAAAAAAUCUAGUUGUUUAAGGAAGAAUCUAUGACUCAAUAUCGUCGUGUAUCCGAUAGCUAUGACUGUCAUAAAUAAAAACUUAGUGUAAAGAAAAUUUUUCACUCAAGCUCUUAUAAUAUCUUGAGUGGAUUCACUCAAGCUCUUAUAAUAUCUUGAGUGGAAGAUUCAAGAAUCCAAGAUCUUGGCCUCUUGGUGUGUGAUCUUNAAGGAUAGGCAACAAGAACUGCGGUUCGGAAGCGAGAAGAAAAUUGCAAAAGCGAAAUAAAAGUAUUGUACCUCUGUUACCUCUGUUAUUCUAGCGUCCGCUCAAAGCAGAAAACAUUUUAUUUUAUAAAGAAUUUGCUGUCAUUUAUUCUCUACUAAAAGCUGGGGAAAUAAAACUCUGUCUGUUAUUUUGUACUACCUAUAGAAAGUUAAUUUUUCCGAUUUUCCAGCUCAUAUGAUAAUUUGCUAAAAUUUUUCUGAAUAUCCAGUCUAUGGAAAAAACGGUUUUCAUAUGUAGUAACAAAGGUGUAUUUUCUAUGCUCUGCUGCGAUGUAAUGGUGAUUCGUUUUCAAAUAUCAUCUUCCCCGAUUUUAAAAUUCAAAAUUUGUUUGAAACUCAAAAAAUCCAAAGUUCAAACACGGCAGUAAUAAAAAUGCUGCUUUUCAUCGUUGUCUUAUUUUUUGAGUGGUGGGGAUGUCUCUUAACGAGAUUUUACUAUUUUGAAGUCACAUCUUUUGGUAUUUCAAAUAUUUUAAACAGAAAUGUGGUCUAAACUUAUGUCGUACACUUAAGAUGUAAUAUGCUUACCAAAUUUGUUUAAUUACGAAAGUUACGUUUCGCUAAAGAAUUUAUUACCAGCAGACUCAAAGGAUGAUCAUACGAAUGUGAUUAUAUUCUUAUCCGCCAAACAUCAAAAUAAUGAGUUGAGCAUGCGUGACUAAAUCAAUGAUUUUGAUACAUGAUUGUCUGUUUGUACAAAGAUAUGCUUUUAUCGAAAAUUUUUUUGUGUAGAUUCACCUGUAUACAACUGAUAGAUUACGUUUUAUACCAGGAGAUGAUGUACUUGAUGAAGUUGCAGACGAAGAUGUUAAUGAUGAUGUGGUUGUUGGUUUUGUAUUUGCUUGUGAGACAUGA